AUGUGGAAAAAUGGUACCACUUCCGAGCACUUCAGUUUACAGAAGCUGAUUCGCAGUAUUGGUAAGCCAAGUAUAUUUUACUUGUACGUAGAUUGUGCGCAUCGGCUCCAGCUCGACGAGGUGCUGUCGAUAACCGAGAAGGUGGUGGUGCGCGUGCACGAUCUGGUGACAUGUCUGCCACCGUCGUUGGAAUGGUCGUGCGGUCGGGAGGUCUCUUACCCGCCGACCCCGAUAUCCUCGCGGGACAGCAGUCCCCAGCCGCAGACCCUCUCCGACCCGGGACUCGACUUCUCGGACGUCGAGCGCCACCAGAAGGACCUCGAGACUGCCGCCCUCACGCGCCACCGCGGAAAUACCGACAGCAACAACGUCACUCACAACCACAGCAACAACAACAACAGCAGUAACCCAAACAACAACAACAACAACAACAGCUCGACAAAAAAUAACAACAACAACAACAACAACAACAACAGCAACGAGAAUUGCGCGGCGCCGGGGCAGACGAAGGUGGUGGUGCUCUCGUACCCGAGGUACUGUCGCUACAGGGCCCUGCUGAGGAGGCUGGAUGGCGCGGAGCCCAACUGGCUGUGCUCGUCCAUAGCGGCGGCCUUGGGUGGCUUCACCGCACAUCCCGGCACGCGGGUGCUCUUCUGCCGGGACACCUUUGACUAUCCCGAUCUGGAGACUCACGAGUUGCUAUGCAACCAUUUGGCGCCAAAGCUGAAAGGUCGACCGCGGCGCAAGCGCAAAAAACGGAGCGUCUCACCGGCCGGCGAGUCGAGCAACGAGAGCGAAGCCUCGGUCGCGUCGACUGCGAAUCUCACCUCGGCUCCAUCGACACCCGCAAAAUCGACGACCUCCUCCACAGGUGAACUCAGCGCGUGUAAAGGAACGGCCGAUCGCAAGACCAGCGCCGAGGAGAAGAAGUUUGUCGGCGACGUGCACAACUUCAUGACCUCGCGCAACACGCCCCUGGGGAAAAUCCCGCUUCUAGGAUACAGACAGAUUGAUCUGUUUUUGUUCUACACAAAAGUUCAAGAUUUGGGCGGCUAUGAUAAAGUCAGCGCGAACCGUCUUUGGAAGACAAUUUACGAUGAGCUUGGUGGUGCUGUGGGCUCGACGAGUGCAGCGACGAUAACGAGAAGGCAUUACGAGAAGCUAUUACUGCCGUACGAGAGAUGUCAAAAGGGUGAGGAGUUCAAAGUCCUGAAGCAAGUUGGCAGGCCUCGUACAAAGACAUCGAGCGUCUCAGAGGCGUCCGAAGAAGAGGUCAAACGAGAGAUCGAGAGUCCUCAGCCUUCGGAGACACCACCCCCAGCCGACGGCAAUUCGACGACUGCCCUCACCUCUCCUCCUUUACAGUCAAUUCUUUCGUCUUCGUCGUACCUGGCAAGCAGCGGUGACUCGAAAGCAAUUCCGACGCGGCCCGAAAGCGCCUCGUCUUCCUCUUCUAGCAAAACGUCGUCUCUACGAAGCGUAAGAGUCAAACCCGAGCGCUUGAAGUCUUUAAACACGAUGAUAGCUACGUGCAAUAGUCAAGUCUCGCCCGUAAGCAGCAGCUCGCCCACGACAACGUCGAUGAUGACGACGACCACAAUAAUGAUGACGUCGACGACGACGACGACGACGACGAUGACGAGCAAUUCAACGUCGUCCUCCUCGUCGUCUCUAGUCUCUUCACCAGCUGGUACACCACCAGCAUCUGCUGUCAAUGCUGCCUCGAAUCAGCAGCAUAGCGUGCUCGAAAAGCAGCUCAACAGUCCCCUGAUUAGCCAACAGGUACCACCUCCGUGUUCGCCAACCGGCCUGCCAGUGAGUACAGUGACAACGAACGCCACAACGGUCGUUACGUUAACACCGCCACCAGAAAAGGACAUGAAAGAGAUCAAGCUCGACUCGAAACAGACGAGCCUCUUGGCCCAGGGCAAAGAGAACAUACCUCUGUUUGAGGAGAAGGGUGCGAUUUUCGUCCAGGACAAACCCCGCUCGCCUGAAGUUAUUGACCUUGAGACUGAGAAUGAGUCGGGUAGCAGAGACAAGCUUAUCAUUCCUAGCUUCAAGAAGCGCAAGCUCGAGAUACUGCGUGAAGGCGGCUUGGAAGUCACAGCUGUCGAACUGGAUUCUCGACCAAGCGUAAUCCAACCGACGUCGACACCAAACCACACAAUACCGAUGACUACCCCGACGACGACGACACCCCCAGCGUCGGUCACGACGGGCCCGUCGCCGUGUUCAACGCCAGUCUCUGUUUUCUCUCCCGCGAAACAAGAAGAGAAGCCAUCGUUCGCCUCACCCCCGAAGAUCAUUCCCAAGCUCAUAAACGUCACGGUAACACCCGACAUCGGUCACAUGAUGCCGCGAACGGAGGAUCUGUCGUCGCAUCGUCAAAAUCCGCACUUCCCAGUGCACGCCAAACAACAGACACCACACGCAAACGGAAGCCCACCGAUCAGCCUGCAGACGCCGUCUAGUCACAACAACAGCCGAGUCAUGAACGUCGGUAGUGCGAGCCACAGCCCGUUGUUACAGUACUACGGGAGUACCAGUGUGUCGUUACCACCCUCGUCACCGCAUGCUGGUCUGUCGCCGUCUCCUCUAAACUAUCAGUUCGUUCCGCCAUCGUUGCCCAUGAUGCCAUUACCAAACGGCAGAGCGCAUCCGCCGAUGGUAACGCAGGGAAAGUCGAUUUUCGCGAAAACCGGUGAGAGUAGAGUCUACGGGGAUCCAAGGGAUUAUAUCACGGUGCCGAAGUACGUGCCCUCUUCCAUACCUCAGCCACAUGUAUCCAGGAAUCACAUUGGUGUGCCGGCUCUGAGUGUUCCGCGCUGCAACAGUACUGAUAACCAGGCUGUCGGAGCACUUGACCUCUCGAGACAGCCCAACAGUUCCUCGCGUACGAACCUCGAGAUCGUCAAAGUACCCGUUGUACCUCGACCUACGCCUUUGAAUCUCGAAACGCACAACCGUACCGGUGGAUUCAUUAGUGCGACUGAAUUGGUGAUGUCCAAACCUCCAGAAUCGCGCAAGAAUAUUAAUAGUAAUAAUUUGUACAUACCCGGACCACCUUUGAUGCCGAGUAGUAACGCAGCUGCUCCUGGUGGUUAUCUCAAUGUCUUGGAUAAUCGUACAAUGACAAGCAAUAACCUUGAGAUUACGUUAGUCAGUCCAAAGAAGGGAGUUAACAUGGUCGGGCUACCAGAGCUCAGUCCACCGAUCGUUCGAAGCAACAAUGUGAUACAACCACCGCCACCAUCGAUACCAAUGCAGAGGAGGCAUCCCCUGCCUCCUCAGUUGUCGCCACAGCCUCAGCCGUCACCCCAGCAGCAACACCAUCUGAAUGGCAAGUAUCCGUUAAGGAUGCCAGCUGAGCCCAUAUCUCCGUACACUCCUCGCAAACCGAGUACAUUGAGCAGCAGUGGCAGCAGUAUGCACCAUCCAGUGAUACCGAACGUGCCAAAUCUCAGCCACCUGAGCUCAAGCUACGGCAAGCCAACUCAGGUGGCGGGUGGUACAAGCUACCAGCAACAGUACGCGAUGGAGCAGAAGAGAAAAGCCGAGGCUGCUGCGAUCGCGGCUUCGAACAGUCGAGAACAGCAGCAGCGUAGGAUAAACGUGAACGACAAGAUUUCGAUGCAGCAGCAACUCAGAUUAGACGCUUCGAUUGCAUCGAAGCAGCAACAACAGCAGCAUCAGCAACAACAAUCGAGGGAUGCCGAAGCGAGGAGGCACAGUAUGCCAAAUAUACCGACCAGUUACAUUCCGGCGAUGCCACCAACGUCGAAUCCAGCCUUCCUCGCGCACCAGCUCGUCGCGUCCAGCAACGGUACCUCAGCGGGUGGCAAGUACUUGCCGAUACUGGACCCGUCGAUGUAUUACCCGGCCUUUUACAACGGGCUCUUCCCAGGAGGCCCGAUACCAGCCAGCGCAGCUGCAGCCCCGACGCCUUUUCUACCGCCCGAGCUUGCCAACGCCUACUACAAGGAACUGUUUUCCGGGCCAGCCACGGCCCAGCAGACGCGACUCGCUGCCCUGGUAGCACAGCAGUCACUAGCACCCCAGCAACAGCAGCAUCAUCAGCACGCGGGGUCCAAGUAGAAUAAUACGCGAUAGUGAUGUGAAAGAGCUUUCCUCUUGAACGAUCUCAGUGCGCGCGCCGAACACAAAUGAUGCUCGUGAACUCUGGGUUUUUUUUUUAAAAUUUUUUUAUUUAUUUCUUUUUUUUUAUAUACAAGUCUCUCCCGUCCCCCUUCGCGUUGUUGCAGAGUCGAGUUUUCAGUUGUUCGACGCGCUUGUCCUUUUUUUUUUUUACUUUGAUUUAACAAGAAAGGAGGAUUAUGCAACGUUUCGUAUACAGACUAAAAAAAUUGUGAGCGUACGAGUGCGUAUCCUUAUUUCAAUUUUCUAUGCCGCGGUAGUUGUCGCGAGCGUGCGAUUGUUUACUAUUUUAAGUAUUUUUCUUUUCCUUCUCUUUGUUUGGAAAUACCAGAAAUUGGUAUGGUUACGAGUUAAGUCGAGGCUGGGGCUGUGUUGUUCACUACAUAUUGAUUGAUGUAUAAUUUUUUUUUUUGUUUUUUUGUUUUUUACAAAUAAAAUAUCUGUCGUUUGUAAAAUUAUUACUUCUAUUAUCGUUUUGACUGCUCGUUUCGUUGCAUCUUAAAUAAGAUAAUGUAUACUCUAAUUAAGAUGUUUUUAUGGUCACUUUGGUCAAUUUGCACGUUAAUCUCCGUCCGCAAACGAUGAUUAGAAUCGUUAAAGCUAUCUGUCAAUAGUAUCUAGUAAUUUUUUAUACUUUUAAGCUCAAAAGAGAAGUCAAUAAGCAAAAUUGAGUUGUGCGAAACGAGCAGUCAUGAACCAUUUUUUUAUUUAGAUUAUAAAAUUUGAAGAAAAAGUUACUAUGCAAUAAUUAGUAAGUUGUAUGUGUUUAUCAC